GCUCGCUGAAGUCAUGCAGAUGGAAGCAUCAGCUGCAAGUUACACACAGUAGCUUAGGUUACCGGUAGAGUGGGUCCUUUCCUAGGUACAGAAUUGACCGGAUUUUCCCGUUUUCUGUCGGAAAAGAGCUCUCCCUAAAGGCCGGGGCCAGUUUGUUCUUGUUUGACGAUACCAUCGCAACAUCGGUCGAGUAAAAAAAAAGAGAAAAAGUUUUAAAAAAAGAAACUCCUUUCAUCCGAUAUACCGAGCAGCUAGCGGUGCUUCGUUUGUGCCGAGCCAUUUUUUUAAUUCAAUUGACGCCCAGACCCAAGCUCGUUACGAUGUACGGUUUCGCUCGCAGCCGAGCGGCUACUUCUGCCCUGCGGGCAUCUAAGACCGCUUUCUCCCCCGCUACCAGAUUCAACGGCAUCGCUCAACAACAGCGAAGAAAUCUGAGCAUUCACGAAUAUCUCUCAGCCGACCUAUUACGACAGUAUGGCGUUGGUGUGCCGAAAGGUUACAAUGCGAAGUCUGCCGCUGAGGCUGAGAAGGUAGCGAAGGAGAUCGGUGGUGAGGAUAUGGUUAUCAAGGCCCAGGUCCUGGCUGGCGGUCGUGGAAAGGGUACCUUCGACAACGGCCUGAAGGGAGGUGUCCGUGUCAUCUACUCUCCCACCGAGGCCAAGAUGUUCGCCGAGCAGAUGAUCGGCCACAAGCUCAUUACCAAGCAGACUGGUGCGGCUGGCCGCCUCUGCAACUCGGUUUAUAUCUGCGAGCGCAAGUUCGCCCGCCGAGAGUUCUACCUGGCCAUUCUCAUGGACCGUGCUUCUCAAGGCCCUGUCAUCGUCUCUUCGUCCCAGGGUGGUAUGGAUAUCGAGACCGUCGCUAAGGAGAACCCUGAAGCUAUCAACACUACUUACAUCGACAUCAAUACUGGUGUAACUGACGAGAUUGCGCGGGAUAUUGCGACCAAGCUUGGUUUCAGCGAGCAGUGCAUCGAGGAUGCCAAGGACACUAUCCAGAAGCUGUACAAGAUCUUCCGCGAGAAGGAUGCUACCCAAAUCGAGAUCAACCCCCUGUCCGAGACCUCUGACCACCAGGUCAUGUGCAUGGACGCCAAGUUUGGUUUCGACGACAACGCCGAAUACCGACAAAAGGACAUCUUCUCGUGGCGCGAUACCACUCAGGAAGACCCCGAGGAGGUUCGCGCUGCCCAGUCCGGCCUCAACUUUAUUAAGCUCGAUGGUGACAUUGGCUGCCUUGUCAACGGUGCCGGUCUGGCUAUGGCUACCAUGGAUAUCAUCAAGCUGAACGGUGGCCAACCCGCUAACUUCCUUGACGUUGGUGGUGGUGCUACCCCUGCUGCCAUUAAGGAGGCAUUCGAGCUCAUCACCAGCGAUCCCAAGGUCACCGCCAUCUUCGUCAACAUCUUCGGUGGUAUCGUGCGAUGUGACGCCAUCGCCCACGGUCUCAUCAACACCGCCAAGACUCUGAACCUCAAGGUUCCCAUCAUCGCCCGUCUGCAAGGUACCAACAUGGAGCAAGCUCACCAACUAAUCAACGACUCGGGAAUGAAGAUCUUCUCCAUCGACGACCUCCAAAGCGCGGCGGAGAAGUCGGUACAACUCUCCAAGGUUGUGAAGAUGGCUCGGGAUAUUGACGUCGGCGUCGAAUUCAGCUUGGGUAUCUAAGGACGAUAUGCGUAGACACUGGUCCGAUAGACUGUACUAACUUUUUCAGGGUUGGACCCCCGGGGUGCGAAAGAAAUAGCAAGGGGGCCGGGGGAAUGGUGUUGUGAAAUAGAGCUAGGGCGGGUUCGUCACUAUUUGCGUGCAUUCGAGAUUCUCCCUCGCGCUCUUGGUUUCAAUGGAAUUGCUUUUUCCCUAUUUAUUUUACUUAAACUUAAGCCCGUUCAUUGUCUCUCUCUAUUCAGUUGUGACCGCUAUGGUAUUUGUUCAAUUUCGGAGUACCGCUAUGCUAAUUGGAUUUGUCUAGCUAAACAUCGUGUUUUGUUUUCUAUCUUUUGCUAUGUUACAUCUGCAAUGGUUCAAUGAUAUCAAGCCAGCAAUGGGAAAUAACUCUCGACUCCUAAACUCCUCUGAUGGGUCCAAACUCCUGGGACCUGGGGUAUCCUAUGCAAUGCUCCUUUCUUUAGUUAACUUAUCCUUUGC